CACAGGCCUAUUUUAAGGUUACUUUGAUCGCCUCUGCAAGAAGGAAGUCAUCAGUGAAUCAUAAGGUAUUCGGUGAUUCAUGCUAUGUCGAGGACCCAUGAAGUCAUAACGUUUUAUCAUGAUCAUUCGGCAAAGCCACGCGCCUCCUCCAGCCAUGGCAAUACAACCUUCGCAGGUCAAUGCAAUCAGUCUAGGGCAUCUAAAUGUAGUAGACUGGCACAACCCACUAAACUGCAUGCCAUGAAUGGGAUUGACAAUGUGACACCUGCCACUAACAACAUGUCGCUGAGAAAGACCAAGACGUCUCCACCACGUCCGAUACCAAAUCCGAUGCCGUAGCCGAAAGUAGCGAAACAAUCACGUCUCCUCCAGCCAUGGAAUACAACCUUCACGGAUCCAUGCGCCUGGUCCAGAGCAUCUCAAUAUAGC